CCCGUCCCCAGGUAGGAACUGUCCCCCGCCCGGCGUGUAGGGCCCCGCCGCCGGCUUGCCUCCUGCCGAACUCGACUUCCCCGACUUCUCUCGCAGGAAGAGAAGUUAAACUUCCAGAGAAACCCAAUGGACAAUCUCCACAACAGAUGGUAACAAAAACUCAUCCAGAUGGGGUGCAAAUGCUGUAAAAUGAUACAAAGCUAUCUCUUUGAUCCAGUUCAAGUGUCCUCCCCUGGCUACGUCAACGAGGUGAACAGUUGCAAGGUGGAUGAAGGUGACGCUGGUAAAUGGAAAGGCAAACAGGGCAGCCAAGCCCCGGGGCAUCAAAAUGAGCUGCAGAGCGAGGUCCUGAAGAGCACGGCCAGCAGGGGCAGAGCUGGCAGCGGGCAGGAGCCCCGCUGGCCUCCGCCAGGGCCGCCCCCUCCGGGGGACGCAGGGGAGGGACGCUGUGCGGACAAGGCUAGCAGUGCCCUCAACGGCAUCGGCCCAGCCGCCGCCCCGCAGCCCACUGGGGACCAUGGGCCCCAGCAGGGUGACCGCGGCUUCUGCGUCAGUACCACGAACAGCGCCCUCCCGACUCCACCCUUCCCGCAAGCGGGGGGCGCCGGAAGACAGGAAGGCGUGUUGCUGCUGCCGCCGGCCCCGCUAGAGACCCACUUAGUCCAAAGUGGGGACCCCGGUCCUGCCUUCAGGGCAGAAGGCCCUGCCUUGGAAGCAAAAGACCAUGACUUCCAGAUGCCGGCCCCGGAUUACCCUUCCCCUCGGGACUCGGCUGGAGACACCGAUGAUGACGGGGAAGAAAAGGACGGUGUUUCCGAGAGCCACCCCGAGGAGGAACCCCCCGCGGGCACUCACCCCGGGGUCAGGGAGCACGGUUUGAAUAUGCCCCCCCCCUUGAAGAGAAGCUGGGAUUCCUUAAAUGAGGCCGCGGCAACAGAAGCCCUGAGUGUCUACUUCAGAGAGGAGGACGCCGCGGGGGCCGCGCCCGGGGUCGGCUCGAGGACCGGGUGGGAGGACGCGCACGGCCCCACCCCGGACUCGAGUGGCGAUGCGGUGGACGAGGAUGCGGCGGUGGCCGAAGCCCUUGCGGCUUUAGAAGCAGCCACCGCAGGAGAAGACGUGGACGAGGCAGAGUAGGGCCCGAGCUGGUGUGGCGCCUGCGUGUGCUCCUUGGACCGAGCUGAUGUCCUACAGCCUGAACGGGCCGCCUGACCCGUUCGCGGCAGCCUCGGGUCUGGUGAUGGGCGGGGCCUGCGCCAGGCCGCGUGCGGCUGAGUAUCGAAAGCCCCGCUGUGUAGACGGGCUAUCACUCAGGACACCAGAAUAAAAAUCAGAGGGGACAGCGCGCCGGUGCCCACAGCACACGCAGAAAUUAAACAGCCUGCUCAUCAACCCACAACCGCCCCCCUCCAGAACAUCUGGGACAGAUGUUCCUGAGAAUGUUCUGAAAUCCCAGCGCCGAAUCCCAAGGGUGCCGAAUCACAGAACAUUCUGUUGGUAAAUUAUGGUCUUGCUUCUGAGAGCCAAAUGUUGUACCCAACCCGGAAAAGGUAACUCCCCCCACUGAAAGUGCCUAGUGUGUCCCCAGAGCAUGGCUUACCUUCAGGGACAGUCACCCAGGGAACUAAUAACUAACCACUUGUUGACAUCCAGUUAAGCUCGCAGCUUCCAGGAUGCGGCAGAAGCCACCAGGAACAAAUGGUUGGUUAUUAGCUGUGAUAUUAAGCCACCUUGACCUUAACGUUUUUUACAUUAUUACUUUUUAAUCUCCUUUGGGAUUGGGGAGGCCGGUCAAAAUCAUUCUUAAAACUGCUUGUGACCUAUUUGAUUUGUAAACUCAUGAGAUUGGGAACAGCAAAGCGAUCAGAUGGAGUAUUUUAUGCCACGUUAAUGUCUGAUUCCGAUUAAAACAUCAUAACAUGUG